AUGGGUGUUCGAUACUCCAAACAACGUCAUAAGCCUCGUAUCAGCAAAUCCCAAAUUCCUUGGCUUUUACGCGGAGCCAUUCGGAGCAAUAAUGUAGAAACACUGCAAUACCUAUUCAGUUAUCCGAACAAAGUCGAUCCGAGUAUGGUUAUUGGUGGGGUCUGUCCGCUGAAUCUGGCUGUUGAAUUGGGCCAUUUGCAAAUGGUUAAAAUUCUCAUCAAGGCAGGUGCAGACAUCUACGUUGCGGACGCACCUAGGUAUCCCCUGCAUCAAGUAAGUUAA